AUGAAGCCUUGUCUUUUCACCCUAGUCGGCCUGCUGGCUACAUCUGUGGCCGCUAGUCCGGUCGUUACUGUCAACCGCGCCCUUGCUAUCAGAGGUGGUGCUAAAAGCUCCAACGAUGGAGCCGCGGAUGAUACCAAGAAGAAUGGAGCCGCGGAUGAUACCAAGAAGAAUGGAGCCGCGGAUGAUACCAAGAAGAAUGGUGCCGCGGAUGAUACCAAGAAGAAUGGUGCCGCGGAUAAGAAUGGCACCGCCGACGCCAGUGGAGGUGCUGCUAAUGCUGCUGCCGGUGCUCUUGUUCUGCCUGACGGCCGUAUCAAGGCUGAUGCUGUUCCCGAGGACUUCAAUGUUCUGGCAAGCGUGUUCAAGAGCGCCGUGGUCAAGGGAGAUGGGCUUCAGUUCAGCGACGUGGUCAGCUUCCCUGACGUCGAGUCAUCACUGUUCGACAAGGCCACCAACACCAAAGCUUUCGCCAUCAACAUUGACGACAAGUCUAUAUUCGUGCCCCAGGGAGGCGAGGCGCAGUCCAACAUACGCCGCGCCGACCUCCUGCCCGCCAUUAUCUCUCAGCUCGACAACGUUGCCGUAACAGGCACCCGCACCCUUCACUUCUCUGUCCAGCGCGACGCCGCCAACCCCCUCAACUCGACCCACGACUACCAGCUGGUGAGCCUCGAGUCAGCCGACUUCAGCUUCCACCAGUUCGACGUCCGCACCGGUGCCGACAACGGCGACAACAUCGCAAUCCUCGGCAACUCCAAGACCACGCCUGCCCCCGAGGAGAUAUUCUCCACGCCCUUCGGCGAAGGGGAUUUUGAGAACUUCGCCAUGAAGUUGGACUUCGAUGCCAACACUGUUCAAGUGUUCCACAGUACCGGACAGGAGCCCCUCAAGCAGGUGACUGAGCCUGUCGCCAAUGAUCCAGAUCUUGCCGGGUUCGGAGAAUAUCACUUCGCGCUGCAGAAGAACCCUGUCGGAGACGCUCCCCAGCCCGCAGGCAUCAAAGAGGCGGUGAUCUAUGGUGGCAUUUUCAUGGAAGACUCUACCGAUGGCACCGUUAGCCUCCAGUGA